UAUGAUUGAAACCAGGUUUAAGUUUAUAAAAACAAUAUUGAAACAAUAUGUAAACACCGCUCAACGUGAUUGGGCGGAUUACGUACCAAUUGCUGUUGCUGCACUAAACAGAACAGUAAGUGUUUCUACGAAUUACAGUCCAUAUGAAUUGUUAUUCGGGGUACCCCCCACCUUCCCCUCCGAUUUUGGAUUACAGGUAGCACCGAACGGGGUCCCACUUGAUGAACGGUUAACUCGGCUGGCGGAGAUAAGACGGGAAGCUCUGACGGCAAUUUUAAAAGCACAAACUACUCAAAUAAAAAAUGCUAAUAAAAAAAGACGAGAAGUAGACUUGGAAAUAGGUUCUGAAGUUCUAGUUUUCAUGCCACAAAUAAAACCAGGUUUAAUGAAAAAGCUAUGCAUACAAUAUCGCGGACCUUACACAAUAGUGCGUAAAAUAAAUCAGAGUAUUUAUGAAAUAAAUUUCGGUACUAAAAACAAACCCAAAUUAAAAAAAAUUCAAGCUGAAAGAUUACGCCUGUAUAAAAAUCCGGCAACGUACAGAGCUAAUAUUUACAAUAUUAAUGUACUACAAAAGCCGAACAGAGCCUCCCGCCACAUUUACUGCUGCCGAGUUAAACGAUUGACGCGAAAGGUUUCAGGUAAACGAGGCUACAAUAAAAAUGCAACAUCAGAAAAAACCAGCAUCAUGACACUGGAUACAUAUGCGCCUAAAGUAACAUUGGAGCCGUAUCCAGUCCCUCUAAGCAUCACGUCACUGGUAAAUAACCUUCCCCUUCCGCCUCCCGCUGUGACGCAGGAACAGCAGAUGACUGAUGACGCGUACAGAAAUAUUUUUAAAGAGAGAAAACCAAAUUCAGAAGUUUUAACACCAAAUAAUUAUAAAAAUCGAUUUCAUUUACAACUUUUUUUGGAAGAAAUUCAAGCCGCUAGAGCUCUUAAAGCGUAUAAAUUAAGAAAUGUGGCAAUAUUGGAAGACGCAGAAUCAUCAGUCAUCUGUGUUUCUGCACCACACGACGAAAGCUCCCAGAUCCAACUGGGAGAUAAACUUCGAGUAACAUUAUUGAAAACACCAGAAAGUAAUCAUUACGGUACAAUCAGAAGUUUUCACGACGGUCUCAUGGAAAUUACUCUACCACCCUCUUUCUUUUUCGACUAUAAAAAGGGGGAUAUGGCCAAUAUAUCAUUUCUGCAAAACAGGUAUCCUUUUAAAGUAGCACAUAGAGGUAUAGAUAGCGCGCAAGAUUUUUUUGAAAAAACUCUUUUUCCCAGAAAACUGCCAAAAAUACCGAAAAACUUCAGCGACCCUAUACAGUAUAUAAAGCCGGAAAUAGAAAAUAAUCCACAACAAUUACAGGUAAUUCAAAGUGUGUUAAGAAUCUCUUCACCUGUGCCGCUUAUUAUUUUUGGCCCUCCGGGGACCGGGAAAAGUUCAGUAAUUUUGGAAACAUUACGCUUAUUAUGGGGAGAGCGCCAUAAGCGCAACUUAAAAGUACUCAUUUGUGCGCCAAGUAAUUCAGUAAUUGAUUCAAUCGUCAUGAAACUUCUUGAGAUCGUACCAGCUGAAGAAAUAUUACGUAUCUACCCCUGUAAUAAGUGUAAAAGUUCAAUUCCUAACAGUAUACUUCAAGAAAAAUGUUUUAAUUGUGGCCGAGAUAAUGAAAUAAUUACCUUCAAGUUAGAUCAACUACAAAACCCAACAUUUAUUGCCUCAACGCUUAUUGGCGUCGGUAAACUAGUAUCAGCUGGACUAGGGAAAACUCCACAUUUUUCGCAUAUUUUUAUCGAUGAAAUAUGUCAAUCAAAUGAGCCAGAAGCGUUAAUUCCAAUUUGUGGACUAGCGCACACGAUGAAUAAUCCCACGCGGAUUAUCUUAGCAGGAGACCCAUUUCAACUAGGGCCAAUCGUGACGUCAGACUGGGCAAAGAAAUUUGGCUUGGGGAUAUCUUUAAUGGAACGUUUGAUGAAAUUACCUAUUUAUAAAAGAAAUGUGGCAACAAACUCAUACAAUCCAGCAGUAGUUGUAAAAUUAGUCCAAAAUUUUCGAUCACAUCCAUACCUAUUCAAAUUUUCUAAUGAAAUGUUUUACAGCAAUGAACUCGUCUCAAAAGGACCACUUAAUCUAAUAAAUCUGGCAAUAGGUUCUAAUAUUCUACCAAAUUCUCAUGUCCCCCUUAUAUUUUGUAACGUUAGAGGAGAGGAAUUUCAUGAAUCAAACUCCAUGAGUUAUUAUAAUCCAACGGAAGUAAAUACAGUAAUUAAAUACGUAACACUUCUCAUGCACCCCCCAGGAUUAAAUAAUCGACAAAUCACCGAGGAAGAAAUCGGAAUAAUAACACCUUAUCGCAGCCAAGUUAUGCAUUUAAAAACUAAAUUGCAAAACUUAAAUUUGAGUAAAAUUCAGGUAGGAACAAUAGAAUCAUUUCAAGGUAUGGAAAAACUUUGCACUAUUAUAACAACC